AUGGCCCGUGUGUGGGACAAACUGAAACUGGAACGGGAAGAGGAGGCUCUGGAAUGGUUAGCUGGCGUCGACUGGACUUCGGAAGACCCUACACAUUUGUCAAAGCAGUGGAGCAGGCUUCCCCGUCGGCAAAAAGAGACUCUGUGGCCUCCAAUUACGUUGUGGUUGCUCCUCAAUUCUCCUCGAGCGGCUCUUGCCUUCUUGUUAGCGACAGAUAUUUUGCCAUCUCCUCCGUUUAGCAUGGUCGCGAAAUGCUUUCUUUAUCUCGAUGCCUUUCAUUAUGAAGAGCUUACGCGAGAUGAGCGAUCUAAACAAUACUAUCAUGAGGCUUUGCAUACUUGCCUAGACCCGGAGAAGUGGCCAGUCCUUAAGGCAUAUGAACGUGGCAUACGCCUUUUCCUCAAACGAGGCACGCCCGAAGAUGUGAAUGAGGCCUUAUCCACUAUCAUAAACAGGAGAAUCCAUAUUGGUUUUGAGACAGCAACGUACCUCAUGGAUCUCUUCACCAAGCAGCGUGAUAUUCCGAGGGCACUAAGCUCUUUAAAUCUAAUUACGGAUAUUCGUGACUACCCUCAAUAUCUCUCAGAUCUGAGAUUUCAAUAUCGUUGCUGCAAACUUCUCACUUUGGACUAUGUGAUUGAAAAAAAUGAUGAACGGCACUUUAGGAUCUUGCCUGAAAUACUCAAAAUUGGCGUCCCACUCAAUCAACCUAUGCUAAACAUCAUCUAUCGCAAUGCAUUAAAACAAAAUGCCCCUGCGUCAGUCCUGUACGUUCUUCAUGAAAUGGGGGAAAGCGGUAUUCCUCCUGACUCGUAUACCUACAUCUCACUUCUAGAUGAUGCUGUGUCCCGCCGUGACCUCCAGCAUCUUGAUGUGAUAAUACGAGAAAUCAGUAGUCAAGAAACCCUCAGGAAGAACCCAUUUAUUACUAGCAAGAUGCUCCACGUUUUCUAUUCACUGGACCGCGUUAAUCCCGAUGAAGGCUGGGGAGAUACUGAUGUCUUUGGUCGCAUGCUGAAGAUAUACAAUGCUGCACAUGACAUCCAACCCCUCGUGGAUCUAGGUGUCGUCCGCGUAGACGAGUUCGCCCUAGAAGAACGUGAAAAGUCUACAAACUCCCUUCCCUCCAGCCAUUCUCUUGUUAUCAUGAUUUCUGCGUUUCUGAGGAUUCAGAGCGUUCGCCAAAUCAACAACAUGUUCGAUCGUUUUCUAUACCUUCGCGACCAAGGGCAUGAGUCUUUCGGCCCGCUGGCGGAAAGUGACUAUAUAUUUAACGUGUUUCUCCAGGAGUUUGCGCAGCGGCGUUCGGGUCGGUUAAAAAACUGCGUCAGGGUACUGGAUACGAUGCUGCAACCACUUCCUCCCACUGCAAUUCUGCGAUCUCAAAGCAACCGCCAAAUCAAGCAAGUUAAACCGACCGUUCAAACGUGGACCAUUCUCCUUACCGCGUUUGUCCGCAAUCGACACCCCAACGCCGUCGACAAGAUUCGCGUCAUGAUGCAAGAGCAAGUAUGCAGUGGAUCCAUGAACGUGAUCGAUUAA